AUGGUUAAACUUGCAGUGAAGAAGCAAGGCCCUUAUCUGUUUCUUCUCCAAGCCUCGUUUAAGCUCUCUAAAUCAAUGGCUUCCACACUUGUUCUUCAAUUUCUCUCUUCUUCUACGAAUCUCAACGUCGCAGUCCCAAGAACCUAUAGCUUCAAUGUACAAAACAACCGUCGAACAAUGAAGUGUUCUUCGAUUCCAGAGCCAAAGGAUCAGUUUCUCGAUCUCACACCUGCACCUGAAUCAAUCAACACGACGAGCGCCGAGAAGUUCCCGAUUGAGAAACGGAGAAGAUCGGAGAUCAUACGAGACAGAAAGCAAAGAGGGAUCGAGAAGCCUGAGCCUCCGAAUUUCGAGAUUGGUUGGAAGAGAACGAAAGAGAUAAACUUGGAGAAACCGAAAGGGUACGUGAUAAUGGAUUUCUUGGAGAAGUUCGAAGGAUUAAUGGCGAGAGAGUUUGGGUCCAAGGAGCUUCUUGCUAAAACUGGCGAGAUAGUUGCGGAGAGAGCGAGAGAGGAAGCUGAGGUUUUGAGAGAUGAAGGGAAAGUUGAAGAGAGAAUGGUGACUGAGCUUUUCAGGGUUUUGAAACUGAUGGAGAUGGAUUUGGCCAUGGUUAAAGCUUCGGUGAAAGAAGAAACUCUCAGUGAGAGGAUCGAACAAGCUAGAGCUAGAUGCAGACAAGCGAUUCUAGUUGCUAAUUCUUUCUGA